AUGCCGUCCAGGCAGGGGGUGCCGCUGAAGUUAUAUAUUUUUGCAGCAGAAGGGUUGAUUGGGAGUCUGCUAGCGCAAGACAACGAGGUUGGGAAGGAACAGGCUGUCUUCUACCUUAGUCGGGUUCUGACAGAGGUUGAGCGGAAGUACCCUGCCAUUGAGAAGCUCUGCUUGGCAUUGUUCUUUUCUUGCACUAAGCUCCGGUAUUAUCUCUUGCCAGCCACGGUGGAUGUAGUUUGCCAAACUGACAUCAUCAAGUACAUGCUCAUGCGCCCAAUCUCGAGAGGGAGAGUGGGGAAGUGGACGCUUGCCUUGAUCGAGUUCGCCCUGCAAUACAUACCCCAGAAGGCCGUAAAAGGGCAGGCCUUGGUAGACUUCCUCGUGGAUCAUCCUCCCAUUGAGGUCAGUGGAGCGAAGAUGGAGGUGCCAGUUGUCGGUCUAGCGCCGUGGAUGCUUUACUUUGACGAUUCUAAGAUCGAACGUGCAGCCGGGGCAGGAGUGGUCGUAAGAUCACCAGCUGGUGAGGAAACGCAGUUGGCAUUCUAUCUAGACUUUCCUUACUCAAACAACCAAGCUGAAUAUGAGACCCUGAUCUUAGGGCUAGAAUUGCUCCGUGACCUCAGGGCCAACACCAUCGAAAUUGUUGGAGAUUCACAGUUAGUCAUCAGGCAGCUGGUUGGGGGGUACAAGUGUGAGAGCGAACACCUGGUGGAUUAUUUGGCGAUGGCCAGAGGGCUAGCAGAUGGCUUCCAGGACGUGAUAGUUUGGCACGUACCACAGUUGAGAAACCAGGCUGCGAAUGGGCUGGCUCAAGCCACGUCGGGGGUGGGUCUUCCAGAGGGCAGUAUGGAGAGCACCUUCGUCAUCAAGAGACGGGUUCAGUCGUCGAUCAGGAUGAUGGGCGUGACUGAGGUUUGCUACAUUCAGGAUACUCAUCCUGAUUGGCGUACGCCCAUCAUGCAGUAUUUGAGCAACCCAGGGCCGAGUUUCGACAGGCAAAUAUGUGACCGAGCAGCGAGAUACGUGCUGAUCGGAGAAGACUUGUAUAAAAAAGGGAAAGACGACUUGCUGUUGAAAUGCGUCAGCUUAAACGAGGCCAUGUUGGUAAUGGCUGAAGUACAUGAGGGCAUUUGCGGAGCUCACCAAGCGGGUCCUAAGAUAAGGUGGUUAAUCAUGCGCUAUGGUUACCACUGGCCUUCAAUGAUGUCAGAUUGUGUCAAAUAUGCAAAGCGUUGCUGGGCAUGUCAGACCCAUGGACCGGUGCAAUGCCUGCCAAUGGCAGAAUUCAACCCCGUAUUGAAACCAUGGCCAUUUUGA